GAGGGCUUGGUCGGGAAAAUCGGAGGAGAACGUGGCUUAACGGGGAGGUGUGAAGAACUGGAAGAGGGAGGACUAGGAAGCAGGGGGACUGGGCUGCUGGAGGAGAUUUGGAGCCACUGGGAAGGGCAGGAAAGUUCUGGGGAGGCAUCCUGAAGGGAGCGGGGUCUUUGGUAGAAAGUAUGAAGUGGACGUUGGGAAUCGGAAAGAGAUGUUCACAGGGAUGAGGAAAAACAGUUGGGAGAUCAGGGGUGAUGGGGGUGAUGGUAGGGGUGCCUGUCGGUGGAGGGGAGGGAGCCGAGAGUCGGCAGAAGCUGAGGAGACCUUUCUCAGGACAGGACUGAGCUUGAUCUGACCCCAGAGCCUUCAGGCGGGAAGAAAGAUGUCAGAUGAUGAUGAUCCGGACUACUCUGAGCCAGACCAGGAUGAUCUCGAAAAUGAAGAUGAUGAGAAGGAGACAGAGGAAUGGGAAGACCACAAGAAAGAGGGAGAAGACCUCUCUGAGGAAAGACCUGACAGACAUCUACUUGCUGCGCUCCUACAUCCAUCUGCGCUAUGUGGAUAUUUCUGAGAACCACCUGACAGACCUGUCUCCACUCAAUUACCUCACUCACCUGCUCUGGCUCAAGGCUGAUAGCAAUUGGCUGCGGAGUGCCCGGCUAAAUGAACUGCCCUACCUGCAGAUUGCCAGUUUUGCCUACAACCAGAUCACUGACACUGAGGGCAUCUCUCAUCCUCGUCUGGAAAGCCUGGAUCUCAAAGGGAACCGCAUCCACAUGGUGACAGGUCUGGACCCCCAAAAGCUGAACAGCCUGCAUACACUGGAGCUUCGGGGGAACCAGCUGGAAAGCACCCUGGGCAUCAACCUUCCUAAGCUGAAGAACCUCUACCUGGCCCAGAACAUGCUGAAGAAGGUGGAAGGAUUGGAGAACCUAAGCAAUCUCACCACCUUGCAUCUUCGAGACAACCAGAUUGAAACUCUGAGUGGCUUCUCUGGGGAAAUGAAAUCAUUGCAGUACCUUAACCUGAGGGGCAACAUGGUUACCAACCUGCAGGAGCUGGCCAAGCUUCGGGAUCUGCCGAAGCUGCGAGCCUUGGUGCUGCUAGACAACCCAUGCACAGAUGAGACUGACUACCGCCAGGAGGCCCUGGUGCAGAUGGCUCACCUUGAGCGCCUGGACAAGGACUUCUAUGAAGAUGAGGAGCGGACUGAAGCUGAUGAGAUUCGUCAGAGGCUGAAGGAGGAUCAGGAGCAGAAGGCUGGGACUGAUCAUGACCUGGAACUGGACCAGCCACCAUUGAUCUAGCCGUAGUUCUUCUAGCCUCCAAGGAUAGUAGAGAUGAGAGACACUGGCCCCCAAGACCUGACAAGACUCUCAGUGGCAGGCCACCUGUUAAUUCGUUUGUACCCCUCAUCGGGAAGAUG